GCGCGCGGUAGGCGACACUCCCUCAUUCCGCUACGAGCUGCUGGACCGACUGAAGGAUCCACCGGAACUUCAGCCUGUGCGGCUGUCACACUUUUAAAUAGGGGUUCGGUCCAAUAUGGCGGCAUACGGAUGGAAAUACUGAUGACAGUCCGAAAGAUCGCCUCGAUUUGUACGAUGGGCGCCAAUGCCUCUGCUUUGGAAAAGGAGAUUGGACCGGAACAGUUCCCUGUUAAUGAACACUACUUUGGACUGGUAAAUUUUGGCAACACCUGCUACUGUAACUCAGUGCUGCAGGCACUGUACUUCUGCCGGCCCUUCCGGGAGAAAGUGCUGGCCUAUAAGAUCCAACCGCGGCGCAAAGAGAACCUGCUCACCUGCCUGGCUGACCUGUUCAACAGCAUUGCAACUCAAAAGAAGAAAGUGGGAGUCAUUCCACCAAAGAAGUUCGUCUCCAGACUGAGGAAGGAAAAUGAGCUGUUUGACAACUACAUGCAGCAAGAUGCACAUGAAUUCCUCAACUACUUGCUCAACACCAUUGCAGACCUGCUUCAGGAGGAGAAGAGCCAGGAGAGGCAGCAGAAUGGAAAGGUAGUACAGAAUGGUGGGAGUGGAAGUGGAGGAGGUGGAAGCGGUAGCAGCACAGGAGAGGGUGACGCGGAGGAAAAGAUCCAGCAGACCUGGGUGCACGAGAUCUUCCAAGGCACACUGACCAAUGAGACACGGUGCCUGAACUGUGAAGCGGUGAGCAGUAAAGAUGAAGACUUCCUAGACCUCUCAGUGGAUGUGGAGCAGAACACCUCCAUCACACACUGUCUUAGGGGUUUCAGCAACACAGAGACCUUAUGUAGUGAAUACAAGUACUACUGUGAGCAAUGCAGAAGUAAACAGGAGGCUCAGAAAAGGAUGCGGGUGAAGAAAUUACCCAUGAUCCUUGCCCUGCACUUAAAGCGCUUUAAGUAUAUGGACCAGCUUCAUCGCUACACCAAGCUCUCCUAUCGUGUAGUCUUCCCUCUGGAGCUGAGGCUCUUUAACACUUCUGGUGAUGCGACCAACCCUGAACGAUUGUACGACCUGGUGGCUGUAGUGGUGCACUGUGGGAGUGGGCCAAAUCGAGGUCAUUAUAUCACUAUAGUGAAGAGUCACGGCUUCUGGCUUCUGUUUGAUGAUGACAUUGUAGAGAAAAUAGAUGCCCAAGCGAUUGAGGAAUUCUAUGGUCUGACAUCAGACAUCUCCAAAAACUCAGAGUCAGGGUAUAUACUCUUCUAUCAGUCUAGAGACUGAGCCAGCAGGAGUGACUGAUGGAAUGGAAGGAUGUGAUUUGUGAGAGACCGGAUGAGGCAGAUCGUGGGCUUGGGCUUUGUUGACACAGCUUGGCCCUAUGCUCCAUCCCCUCUCAGUCAAGUCCCUUUUCAUUCAGGCUUGUCAGUGGAGCUUUGCACUGGAGCAUCAAUCGGGCCCCAGACAGGAGCAGUUGAUGCCAGAGUGACCUGGACACAGCACAGUAAUCACCAGGCAGAAGUAAUCGCCGUCUGGUUCGCUGUCGUCUCACUCGCCUGCUUGGUGUUGCUCGGCACACACAAAAACGCACAUAUAAACAUGUGAAAGAGCAUCUUGAUGGCCUGAGAAUGGACACUGUACAAACCUUCUUUUUUGUUUUCGUUUUUCCACCACACACAUUAACAAGUUUAAUUUAAGAUAAUCUGGUUCACUUCUCUGCACAUCACAUUCAUCAUCGCUGGGUUAUGUGUCAUGGUCUGUUUUGGCACAAUAUCGUGAUAGCCUCCAGAAAGCCGCACAACGUUCUUCACCCUCAGAUGUUUAUCUGCAAUGUCUAACAUGACGUUCAUCAUGCUACAUCCAUGUCAACCAGCUAGUACUAAAUGUGUUGUUUUGCAGAGCCAGUAACUCAUGUUGUCAUUGGAGUAGAGCUGCUCAAUCUGAAUGAAAAAACCUGACAGGGCUUAAAUUAGCAUGAAUGGUUAGUGUUUUUUUGUUUUUUAAGAACUUCAGGAUUGAUUUCAUGUAGGGCUUAUUGUAAUGCAGGCCUGUGGAUUGAUGGGAGCUCUACUCUGUUAAGCAGGGAGGAUUGUGGAUACCAGAGAAGUGUGUGUAUAAAGGAUGUAGCUUGGCUUAAGAAUGCUCUUUCAGUAUUCAGUGAAUGUAAAACAUUCUGCCAGUUCUUGUGCACUGCGAAGUGAGUGUACAGCCUGAUUAUGUCAUAUAGUGCGCACUUAAUAGUGCUCUAACUGUUGAGUUUCACAGAUGGAGGUAGAAAUCAGGGCUUUUUAUUAUUCUGAAUAUGUUGAAGCUCAUAAAUGCCUAUCUUAUUGAAACCAAAAGCUGCACACGUUUCCACUCACGUUUCAUUACCACUGUGGCACUGUGAGAUUGUCUGACAUGAAUGUGGAUUAGCCUCUUUCAGUAGAAAUGUUGGAUAAUUCAAACAUAAUAUGACUCUGCACUCCAUCAUAAAGUCUUCUGAUUCAUUAGGCCAAUUGAAUUGGCUGCAUCUAUUGUGUUUAAUCUCAGUAACGCCUCUCUAGAUCUCUGUCGUCUCCUCUGCCCUCUUAAUUAAUAACAUUUUUAACUGAAUAUAGACCUAGAAGGGAAGUGGAGCAAGAAGGUCUGCCUGUGAAUGUGAGGUUUAAGUGGUGACCUAGACUGCAUGGCUCUGUAAUAGUUAGAUUGGUUAAGGAUUGUUUCUUUUUGUGGAUGUUGCUCAGCCUGGAGGAUGAGUUACUUCUCCCAGUCGGCUUACAGCUAGUAAAUAUUUACAAGACAAUUAGUCGAGCUUUAUAGGCAAAAAUAAGCACACCCAGUCAGAUUAGGUUUUUGAGCCUAAAUCUUGUAAGGCGAAAAGUAUGUACAAGCGAGGUACCUCAGUAAAAUAUUCCAGGUUUCUUGAAAGAGUUUCAAACACACAAUUGCCUAGCUUGUUGUAUUGUGGCUAAAGUAGAUGGUAUGAGAAUGAAAAGGUGUUUUUUUUUUUUUUUUUCAUUUCAGUUUUCCUAUGUAAACUACACUGGUUUUAUUUGAUUGUUGGUUUGACAAAUCUGCUUUAAUCUGUGAGGGGUCAUAACUGACACUGCUGCUGAUUAUUAUUCCAUUCAUCCUGUAAAGUCUACUUGGUAUCAAUGCAUGCAUGGUAUAACAACUCUUAACAUUGUUAUAAAGCAUGUAAAAAGGUCUUUUAAACGAGACAUCACAAUGUCUGUAAAGAGGUUUAAGCUUCUUGCUUGUCAGAGAACCUACUGGCAUUGCGUCUUUUAAGUAGACAACUAUAUGUUGAAUUAAACUGACAUAUGGUGUCAUUUCAUGUAAAACACACACUCAAACAGGGUAUGUAAGAGUGUUUGUAGAUGUCAUCAUCACAUUUGAAUGAAGGCUUCUCUAAGCUGAGAUAACUGGAUAUUUGAUUUUUUUUUUUUUAAUUGGCUUGUGAUCUAGUAGCUACAGGGGAAGGAAUGUUUAUUUUAUUUUUGCUCUUUUAUAUCAUAUAAGUUUAUUUAUGUGUAAUUAUAAAUGUUAUAUUACAUUUUCUUUGACAUUUCCAUUUUUAUACAUUUGCUAAUUAGUCCUUUAUUUGGACACCAGGACUGUUGUAUGUUAUGUGGAGAGAUGGUUGAAGCAAAAAUUUAAGGGUGAAAAUGUUGGAAUUAUCAAAUUAAUGCUGCAAGCUCGAGAAGUUGUUACUAGUCGUUGAAAUUAGCAGACAGACAUCAACUACAUUAAAACAUGAGACAAAACACAAUCUAAUGCUACAUCAUGCUAGCAUUAGUUGUUUCAUUCUGCCUCUUCCCAUAACAUUGUAUAUGUUUAUUCCAUACUGGGUUUGAAAAAAGUGCACUUUCGAUAAAGCAAUGUAUAAAAAAAAGUAAACCAGCUGAAUAAUCUGGUUUUGGAGUGGAGUGGACAGUGUGGAUGAAAGAUGGGACUGGAUCAACUUGUCCCAAAUAAAAACAAACAAAAACACA